CACAAGCCGAUUCUGCGCGAAACGUUAGCGAAGUUAUUUUCGAACCUAUAUUUAUAAAUUGUAUAUGAAAAAUUACAUUGCAGGUAAAAUGCCGCAUUGCGAUGCACGCUGUAAUAGACACGCGAUUUUUCUACAAUAAACAACACGGUUUAUUAAUUAAAUUAAACUAAUGUACAGCUGAGCGAAGAUUUCCAUUUUCAAUUAUUUUUUUAAAUUCUAUAAUUAGUCUAUUAAAUAGGUCGUAAGUGAUAACCGGAAGUAGUUUGUGUUCUAAAUAGUUUUAAAAUUAAAAAUGGCGGUUCAAAAUAAAGUUUUGUAUGCAUUCCGUGGUUGGAUCGCGUUUGUUGCAUUUAUGGAUCUUGGAACAACGGGACGGUCUUAUAUCGAAAGGAGGUCGUUUCUAAGCAACGCCGGCGAUGAACAUUUAGACGGAGAUUUCACGAUAUCAAGGAUGCUGGGCAUGUAUUCACUGCUCAAGGCUCUAGCGCUUAUACAUUGUACAUUAUACAUACAUUAUAGACCAGUGGUGUCCAUGGGCUACUGGUCUUUGACUCUGACCAUCAUUUUAUACUUCUCCGAGGCGUUCUACUUCCAUUCUACAGACCUCAACUUCUAUGUGGUGUUCCCUUGUGUUUUGAACAUAAUAACCCUAAUAGGUUUAAUAUACCUACCAACAAAAUUGAAGCUUUUCGGCCAAAUACCUGGCACAUCAGGCAUGGACCGAGAGGUAGACGACGAAAACACACAGAUACUGCGCAGUAUGGGCAACUUUAGACGACGGAAACCUGGCAACACUGUUAAGAAUAAACACGUUUGAUAGGGCAACACUGGUUUUUUGAAGAUUUGACUUGAAGAGCACCGCUUUAGCCUUUAGUUUUUUUUUUGGAGAUUUAGAGGUAAGAGCAGUAUACAUAUUGUAGUCAGGGCCCUUAGUACGAGUUAGUUUUACGUGUAACCAGAGCGCGUUCGACGCUCUGAUUGGUUGGUUUACUUGACCCGGCCAAUCAAAACGACGA